AUGCGCCCACCAGAGGAGUUCGACCGUCUUGCCGCCGUCCUCGCUCCACAAAUCACACUCGACUACUCAGAACAACCUCUGGCCGUGAAGCACAAACUCACGGCCGAUCAAUUCGUUAAGCUUUCUAAUAAUGAAAACCGGUUAGGGGGUAUGGUCGACUGCAGCCAUCAUGUCGGCGCGUCCAAAUUCGAGCGUACUGGCCCUGACACAGUGACGGGCCACCAUCAAGUGUUUGUUGAGUACAAAAGAUACAAAAACUUGGAAAAGAAGGAAGAUGAAGUUGAAGCAACAGGCGAGGGCUUGACGAUGAUGCUGCAUUAUUAUCAAAAGGUGGAUGGAAAAUGGAAACUGGCAGGAGUCAAGCCGCGAGUGCGCAUGAGCCAAUUUAAUUUCCCGGAAAUUUUCAAGAAGCCACAACAGAAGGACACGAAGAAGUCGAAACUGUGA